AUGCGGUUGGAUCCCGCCUGCCGCUUGACUGGUCAUGAGGCAUGUGUUGUCCGAGGGACCUUCAACACCCACGACAAAUUAGCAACAGCCAGCGCUGACACUUCCGUGAAGAUAUGGGAUCUUGCCGAAGGAAGAUUGAUCUCGACUCUAGGUGGUUCCCACACUCAGUCUCUAACGGACUGUGCGUGGCAUGGCAGUGGCAAUUGGCUCGUCACUGCUUGUGAAGGAGGAGCCCUCUACCUAUGGGAUACGAGGACGGGCACGUCAGUGGGGUCCGCCAAAUGUGAUGAUCCAACGUAUUGUGUGUCAUUGGGGAAGUCCCCCAACUCGUGCUCCUUGGCCACUGGUGACAGUCGAGGAGUCCUCUCCUUGUGGGACGUUCGACAAUUUGCCUCCCUCUCCAGCCACUAUCCCUCGGACCAGAACAAACCCCACAUCGAGGCCAUCGCCUCCCACAGCCCCUUAUCCUCCGUUCAACAUGCUCAGGACGACUCCGUCAUAGUCACCGCAGGACUGGAUGGGAAUAUCCGACUGUGGUCCUCCUGGUCCGUCGACUGUUUGCGGACUCUCGGCGCUGGUGCUAGUGGUACUGAGUGCAUGGGAGCGACGAUUGCCUCGAGUGAUAUCAGGGAUAAGUCAGUUCCUGUUUACAUCGCGGGUCUGUAUUCUGACGGUCUUGCACGAGUGUGGGAUCUGAGGUCUCAUCGCUCUAUGAGGUGGCUCCAUGGCAUAGAGCAGCCGGGUGUGAAGUCGGUCGCCAAUGAGGUCAGUACGGGCUACGGUCGUGACGCGAGUGCGAUGGUCUGGCACGUGCGGGAAGGCGGUGUCUCGAUGGAUGGGGAUGUUGAAGAGCUGCCAGAAGAAGCCUUCCAUGAGGUCCCUCCGCAAAUUGCGGGUCUUAAACGAUACGGCUUCGGUCGCGUUACUGAAAAGACUCGGGUCCGUAUGCGGGAGAAUGUUCCCGAGGCUGGGGUGUAG